GUCUCUGCUGGAUUGUUACUUCUUUUCAAAAAUUUUGAUGUGAGGAUAAACCCAACUCAAACCACACCGUGAUGACACGCAAAUUAUAAUUUACGAUGUCUCUUUAAAAAAAACAAAGCGUCUUCCUCUCACCUGCACGUGCCAUCUCCUCCACUAGUACUCAACACGUUCGCAGGGUCUGUAACACGCGUCGACCGUGCGAUCGGACUAAUGCUUGUACGCCGCUUUCCCCCAUCCCAGUAACCCGCUCGGCCUCGCUCACCAGUCGUCGACCUUCACUACGCUUCUGUUCGCAAUCGACAAUGGCUUCACAGCAAGAGGGAGAGCGAGAGUCCGCUUCUAGAGGAGUGGAGCACGGGAAGGAGGGCAUGUCGCCAGAAGAUAUCGGACAGUAUCGUGUCAUCGCCCAGCAGAACUCUAUCGAGUCCCUUAGCGCAUCGGAGAAGCGCUACGCGAAGGCAAAGAACGCUGGCGCUGCGGAGAUCCACAACACCAAAGAGGCCGUCACGCACGGACUCGACGCCGCAGGGGCUUUCGCCGUUGCCAAGGGCGCCGAGGCCACCCAGAGGGUGCAUGUUGUGGCAGAAAAGGGCAUUGAGGCGAAAGAUCACGCGGCCGAGAAGACGCGCGUCGCGGCGGAAGCUGCUGCACAGGAGAUGGCCAAGAGCGAGGAAGCAGAGGAAGUAAAAGAAGCAGCCAAAUCGAUGGCUCAGAAGGCCAUGGAGAAAGCACAGGAAGCAAGGGAAGCAGCGAGAGACACAGGGGAAGUGGCUAUGAAGAGAGCCAGAGAGAAGGAAGAGGAGGCAAUAGAGGUGGCCAAGAGAGCCCUGCAGUAUGCAGGGACUAAGGGAGAAGGAUCAUUAAAGGACAAGGACAAAGCGACUCUCAAGCAAGCUAAAGAAUACGCUGGUCAGAAAGCAAUUUUAGUCCAGGAAAAAGUGGGAGAGGAGCAAAAGGAAGGGAGAGGAGAACAUGGUGAACCAAAGCAAGCAGAAGUUCCUACUAUAGAUAGCGUUGGAAUACUCAAAGUUAUUGGUGUGGCUGUGAUCGAAAUUGCUAUGUCAACACCCGAUAUGAUCAUAGGAUUAGACCCGCUCGACCCGUGCGGAAGCAAUGCUGUGAAGAAUCACCUUUUACUUCAAUAAGAAUAUGAUGGUCCUCCCGGUAAAACGCAGCGGUAAGAGUGGAUAUCCAAUGUGACGAAGUGUUCCCUCUACCGGAUUUAUGAGUGGCCGAACAGGGGGAAUGACUAGUUGGACCUAAGGUCCAGAUAUUGGAUUAAAAAAAAUAGACGUAAAUAAUAGAAUGGCGAAAAGUUUUGUAAAUCAAAUGUCUUCCUGCCAGGUGAAGUAGAUAAUAAUUGGUUGCUUGCCUUGCAAGUGGUAGACCUGCAGCAGUGCUCUUGUUGGUUAGCAGUAUGAUUCUGGUUUUGUAGGAUCGAAUGAGACUGCUUGCUUUGUCUAUCAGUGCUUCUGCUGUUUGGCAAUUUGAUGCUGAUUUCGUUGGAUGAGAUUGCUUGCCUUGUCCUUGAGUUCUUGGAGCGUUCUCAUUGUUUCCACAUCGUAAUCACCUGCAAACUGCGUUGUAUGUGAAGAAAAGUACUUUCAAACUUAUUCUGAAGUCAAUACCUGCAAACUGCGUUGUAUGUCAUCGAACAGUUGAAUAUGCGGGUUAUGAUAAUUACCUGAUGUACUGCUAUGAGCUCAAGUUCGGGAGAGACUCUUUUCCGCUGAUGCCAGCUUGAUCUGUAAACUGAAGGUGUUAAGUGAUUUAAGAAGUACCGUUGGUUAAUAA